GACUACAUGCAUACAUCUCCUGCAUUUAUAUUCAUUGAAAGAACCCACACCUGCACGAUUAGUUGCACGUUACAUCGUCGGCACUGUAUCGUAUACAAGCCAAUUCAGUCGUCACGCAGCCAAUUAAAAAGUUUCUAACUGCAACAUCAUCAGGGAAUCAUCGGGUUCAAUCAGUCUCCGGGCGAGCCCUGAAUUUGUUAAUCUUAUUACUAAGAGACACGGGUGCACAGAGAAAGAAUAACUAGCCCGUGGCCACUCUUCGCCAGUCAUGCAGAUCCAAAUUGGAAUUCGGGCCAUCUUCUCCCCCCCAUCGCCAUCGACAAUCCGGUAAAUGUGCAUGCCAACAGCACGCUCCAGCCACUGAUCUUGCAGAUUCACCUAGGUAAAAAAACGAACACGCAUCUACCCUGCCCUCAUCAGAAGCCCGAGGCUCAAGUGUUUUCUUCGUUUCACACACAUGUCCAGACUUCUCUUCGACCCCGAUGUGCAACGGUAGGCCACACGGACGACGGGCAGCAGCACCAACCGUCUUGGCGUACACACCGCCCCUGCAAGAGACCUUCUCUGUAGAUCCGUGCCGUGCCGUUCCUGGUACUCCCUGAUGGCCUGAUUGAUUGGUUGGACUCCCUACUUGCCACUCUACUGGCUGUUAGCACUGGUUUCCUCAUUCGGGUUUUGCUCACCGUGUCGCGCGUCUGCUCUGCUCCGGGGAGGCCGCCGCCGCUCUCAGCCGCUCCCCUGACGACCCUCGAGCGGUCUCCGACCCCAAGGGGAGGCGAGGAGCAAUGGUGGAGAGCGAGUACAGGUGCUGGGAGGAGCUGCUGCCGGACGCGCUGGGGCUCGUCUUCCGGAACCUGCCGCUGCAGGAGGUGCUGACGGUGGUGCCGCGGGUGUGCAAGUCGUGGGGGCGCGUCGUGGCCGGGCCCUACUGCUGGCAGGAGAUCGACAUCGAGGAGUGGAGCCAGCAGCGGCAGAGCCGCCCGGACCAGCUCGUCCGCAUGGUCGAGCUGCUCGUCCGCCGCAGCUCCGGCGCCUGCCGCCGCAUCAGCGUCUCCGGCCUGCCCUGCCACCCGCUCUUCUCCUUCAUCGGCGACCACGCGCGCGCUCUGCGGACGCUGGAGAUCCCGCGGAGCGACAUCAGCGACGCCGUGGUGGAGGCGGUGGCGCCGGGGCUGCCGAACCUCACGUUCCUGGACGUGAGCAGCUGCACCAAGAUCGGGGCGCGCGCGCUGGAGGCGUUCGGCAGCCACUGCCGGUCGCUGGCGGCGCUCCGGCGCGUGAUGCACCCGAUCGACGUGGCCGGGCGCAACGCGUGCGGGCAGCACGACGAGGCCCGCGCCAUCGCCCGCACCAUGCCGGGGCUCCGCCACCUGGAGGUCGGCUACAUGCUGGUCACCACGGAGGCCAUCCUGGAGGUGCUCUCCCGGUGCCGGGGCCUGGAGUUCGUCGACCUCCGGGGCUGCUGGGCCGUCGACGAGGCGCUGCUGCGGGAGCGGCACCCGGGGCUCAGCGUCCUCGGCCCGGCCGUCGACGACUGCUUCGAGAACAGCUACUGGGAGGAGUGCUCCGACGACGACGACGACGACGUCUACUCGUGGGAGCUCAUGGACGACGACGAGUACUACGCGGUCGUCGGCAGCGACGACGACGAGGCGGUGUGGGCCGACGGGCCGGGCCUCGUGGAGAACCUCGAGGUGCGGUUCUACGGCGGCGGGUUCAGCGAGAGCUACGCCGGCUUCGACUGGCCAGCGUCGCCGUGACAGCCCCGGCCGUUCGUGUUCUUGACGUUCCUAUGCUGGUCGUUCAGACACGUGUGCGCGUGCGUGCGUGCGUGCCAGUAGUAAUCUGGGUGAGUGAUGUAACCUUAAUCAGGUGUCAAGUUCAAAAAAACUUAACCUGAUGUCUACAUGUAGCAAAUCAAGAUGGUGCUGUUUGCAUGAAGCCAA